CCAUUGUGGCUCCACGCAGGAACAAUGUUGGGGUGACGGUGAACCAAAAUGGCUGAUCAUCGACUCCAGUUUCGACGGACGUCGUGCCACUCUAAUAAUUGACAGAUUGAACGACCAAUAAUGUUUUAUUUCCCUUUGCCAAUAACCAAUCAUAUCUAAGCCUAUGCAAGGCAAUUGCCACGGAAUACAAUCAUUAGCUGUCAUCCAAAUACUGUAUACACAAGACACUGGAAGCAAGUGUUCAGAAGGCAGAGUGAUUUACGUUCUCCGAUAUUUGGCUUUCUACCUUUUAGCAGCUACCUAUCAACAUAUCCCUGAACCGAUAAGGUUGGAUGACAUCGGCGGGUAUACUUUUCAAAAGACAGCUUGUUUUUAUUCCCUGUAACUCACUUUACGAGGCCAAUAUCAAUGCUUUUGGACCAGGGACGGAUUCGUUUUUAUAUAUAUAUUUAUAUAUAUAUAUAGCGGAACUCGUGACAAACUUUAAUCGUUAAUUUAGCAAAAUUGUCCUUGCCCGAUAUCUCGUUUUCCUGACAGAACAUUGCUCGAAACUAUUUUUUGAAAGCGCCAGGUGACAGCCAGUUGCGUCUCUCCGGGAAGCGAACGACUUGGUUUACAUUUGGUUGACAGUUGUGAGAGUGAAACAUCCUUUGCUACUGAAGGACUGUUAGCCAGAGCAGCUAAAAGCUACCUGAACCACAGCUGACAUUUUGAAAGCGCAUCGGCGGAAAACAAAUGUCUUGCUUUGUCUUGUGAGGCAUUUUAAGUUUUCUACAACCCGUUUUAUAUUUCGUCGGAGAAACAAACACUUGCCUUAAAAUAACCGCUGUCAGAACAGUUUGAGAAAGCUGCUGUGUGUGUACGAAGAGCAGAUUGUGUACAGCCACGGGAUCCCCUAUCAGAUUCUUUUAAUAUCAGUAAUAUUAUCGAACAUGACGGCUAUUGGAAUGGUGCAGAUGCUGAUCGAAGCUGCAGAGUAUCUUGAGCGCAGGGAACGAGAAGCUGAGCAUGGCUAUGCCUCCAUGCCGCCCUUCAUCAGUAGUAGAGAGAGGGAAAGUUUGAAAAGGAAGAGCAAAAGCAAGAAAAACAUAAGUAGCAGGUCUACACACAAUGAAAUGGAGAAGAACAGACGGGCACAUCUACGACUGUGUUUAGAGCGACUGAAAUCCUUGGUGCCUUUAGGUCCAGACGCCAACAGGCACACAACCCUGAGCCUGCUGAUGAAGGCCAAAGAUCACAUCAAAAAGUUGGAGGAGAGUGACAGAAGAGCCCAGCACACCUUAGAACAGUUACAGAGAGAGCAGAGACAUCUGAGAAGGCGUCUGGAGCAGCUCGGUGUGGAGAGAAUCCGCAUGGACAGCACUGGCUCUAUCGUGUCCUCUGACAAAUCCGACUCUGACCAAGAGGACCUGGAUGUGGACGUGGAGGGAACGGACUACCUGCUGGGUGAUCUGGAGUGGAGUACCAGCAGCGUGAGCGACUCGGGGGAUGAGCGGGGCAGCCUGCGCAGCAGCUGUAGUGAUGAGGGCUACGCCAGCGCCAGCCUGCGGCGCCUGCAGGACACUCAGGAGAGGGCCAAGCAGCUGGCCUGCACGCUAUAAACAUCUCUGGUCACUGCUCCAUCUCCUGCCUCCUCUUAUCCCAUUCCAAGAAUGUGUCGCCACACCCUCAACACCCCACUCCCCCUCCCCUUCCCUACGGGGACUAAACCAAUUGUGAGGCUUUUCAUCCAGCCAGGCCUCUGCAGAUUUCUUGCCCAUAUUAACUUCUCAUUCUGACCGAGCGCCUUCGAGAAACCCGCCCACAGCCAGCCCGUCAUUAUCUGAAGGUUGCUAGGUAUUACACACUGUGCACCAAUCAAACGAGUUGGGUCCUCCCCUACUUGUCCCUCCGUCCAUCACAAAUGCAACUUUCAGCCAGAGAAUGUUACUUUACAAUAUCCCACUUCCUCUUUUUAUGUCUCCAGAGCAAUGAGAAGCACUUAUGAGAUUUCACACAAAGUCACGCGCACUCCAUCAUUGGUCCUCGCUGUCCAGUAAGACGGUGCUCCAACAAACAGGCCUUUGUUUCUGCCCAGCUCACCAGUCAGUCAUCUGUUUUUGUAAACAUAAACAUGUAAACCUUUUCCAUACAUCUCUUCAAAAAAUAUAACUCCCCCUCCCUUUCGUACUUCAGAAGUCAUCUCGAAGGUGUUACAAAUAUUUCGAAGGGCACAGCAUGGAGCAGCAAUAUGUGCCUCACAAACAAGGCAUCUUCACCCUGUCAUUUUGGUCCACUCCGGACACUGGAUGGUUUGGGGUCGAUGGUUUCUGCCACUCUCUGAUGACUGUGGUGUUUUUCGUGUGUGUGUGUGUGUGUGUGUGUUUGUCUGAAUCUGGCAAUGACAGAAGUCACUCGUCAGUUUCUUUCCUAUUUGUGGCAAGUGUUGGUGCACUAUUGUCCACUACUAUUUGCCCAUGUGUUACCUGGGAUGGAAACGUCUACCUAUUGAGAGCAGUCGAGAGGCUGGAGAACAUUCCACUUAGAUAAAUAGGCCAGUGAAGGCUGAGAGCAUUAUUUUUCUGUUCUUGCCAGCAAUUUACAAAAAGGAAAGUCGCCCUAAAACAGAAUGUCUGCUUUACGUUUUACUGUGAGCACCAACCACCAGAGGACUCAGUUGUGUUAAUGCCUAAAAGACCCUCUCUUUGGUCUUGCCUUUAUAGCUAUUUAUUGUUUUCGAAGAAAUGUACAGCUAAUGUAAAUAGUUUGCAGAAAGAAACCUAUGUCUAUCAGAAGUAUUUAUUAGAUCUGCUAAAGCUAGAGAUGAAUAUAAAUAUAUAUUUAAUUAGUUCUACUUAGCCUUUGUUCUCUUUGUGAAGUUUUAUUGAGAGUUUCAAGUGUAGUUUGUUUGCACAGCCUCGUCAAUCCAUAGAAUAUUUAGAAAUGUCUCUCGUGCCUCAAGGCUUCGUGUCCGUUGGGACGUUCGGCACGGAUCUCUUAGAUGAGGCUAUGUUACUCCGUGGUUGAUGGUCCUUAGCUGUUUUUCAAUGCCACCAGGCUCCUAAUGAGACAAAAAAAAAUGUGUAUUUAAAAAUUAGAGUAAAGAUGCUAACCUGUUUUACGGUGGUGGUGGUGGCAGUAGUGGCGUGGCCUCCCCCACAAAAAAUCGUGUGGUAUUUCAUCUCCUUGUUUGGUCAGGAAGACGUGCAUGGUGAGGAUUGCAGUCUAUUUCGAAUGUAGAUAUCCUCCAUCCUGCAGCCAGCCUCUCCGCUUUGCGCCAAAGCAGCAGCAUCCCCCACCCCAUGACAUCUACCGCUUAUGGAUCUCAGUUCAAGCAUGAAGAUGGUACACCAAAAUGAAUAAAAAGAAAUAAAAAAGAACAAGAUCACAAAACUAGAUAUAUUUUUAUCUGAGUGUGAACUGCUGCUUUUUUUUUUUGUUAACUUAAACCUGUUAAACCAGAGAGGAACUGUCUUGCAAUGUUAAGAGAAUGUGAAGGGAAAUGUAUUGAAAAGAGGGAAUUCACUGACGCGUGCAUGGAGUGCGUGUGUCUCAACCUUGGACAAUUGAUUGUGUGCAUCUCGAUAUAAUCAAGACUAUAACAAAACAGCCCUCAAAAUCUCGAUUUCGAAAGGUCAUUAUGAAGGCUUUAUACUGUGGUGUAGUUCCAAUAUUUUGUCUCUUAAUUUGUAUAAAUUACUGUUUUACUAUUUAUUACAGGACUGUAGUGGAACUGCAUAUGUUUUAUUGGGAUGAAAGUAAUCAAUUGGCCAAGUGUUAUUUCAUCACCGUCUUCAGAGAGAAUUAUUUAGGGGGAUAGAGUAAUGGCAGUUUUAAACACCAGUAAAACACUGUGUUUAGUUGUAUAAUGCAAAAAGAAGAAAUUGUCCGCUUGAAGAAAGAUUCACGUGUUAUACUUGGAUCAGACUACGAGACAAAUUUGGUCUUUUCCGAUUUCACUAUGUCAAACUAUACCGCCAUCAAAUCUUGCCGUUUCUCGGGCAGACAGUGGCAACACUACACGACAUUUAUUCCCAUAGCGCCGUAUCCCGUCUUUUACGAUCACUGAGCUUUAUCUUGUCAAAUCAAACUCUGUUGGAGAGGUGGAAGCAGAAAACGUGUCUCCGGUCAACGCGAUCGGACGCACUCGUUACUGUGGCGACGACAACAACAAUGCGCCGCGCCAAUGUAUUGUUUCUGUGUGAGUGUGUGUGGGGGGACAAAAUGAGGAAAAACGUGUGGUGUUCGUCACUGGUGCUGGGGAGAGAACGUUCGUUCAAGAAUUGCUUGAGGUAUGUUCACGAUACGGCUCGCGAGCAGGCAACAAAACGUUAAGUCGCCUAGCAAGCUAGUGCUAGCACUAACGGUUGUAUGUAAACAUGUCGGCGUUCUGCCAAAUCGUGCUCUAAAGCUUCUCUAAACAUUGGUUUGUGCGCGUGAAUAAAAUGUUGAUAACGGCAAGCACGGGAGGGGAUGCGCCAGUCACAAUACGCAAUCCUAUUGGUCGACGUCAAGGUGCGCUGUCGCAGAGUUGUCGUUGAUAUAUCGCACUACACUGAAGAUAGCCCAAAAAAAUCAAACUUGCUAGACUUCAUUUUGGUGUCGUUGGGCUAUCGCAGGGCCAAAUCGUUGGUCUUGGAUUAUGUCACACGACAAGAAUUUUGUCGUUCUUUCCAAAAUAUGUCGGGCCCGACCUGGGAAAUCGGCUGCGAUAGCUAAUCGGGCCAGUAUCGGGGCUAAAAUCCUGUAGUCUGAUCUAGGCAUUAACCUAAUUUCUCCCCCAAUUCCCCAUCCAUGGUCUUGUCUUCCACCAAUCUGCAUUUGUGAGCCUGAGCCCCCCACAACUCCACCCCCACCCACCUCCACAUGCUGCACUGGCAUCUGUCGUUCAGGCCGGGAAGGUCUAUGGUGGAUGGAGAGUGUUUAAGACCCUGGUGCUUUCAACAUCUGCCUUAAGAGGCAGCUGUUCAAUCUAAAGAACAACCAGUUGUUUAAGCUACAGGUUUCAGCACUGAUGGAUCUUGUGCUCAUGUAUGUUUGUAAGUUACUUGAUUUGUGCAUACAGUACAUUAUGGCUAGUAUUGCCUUAAACUGACCUAAAAUGUAAAACCCAACAAAAAAAAUGUACUAAAUGUUUGAAUAUGAUCUGUUGAAAUGUAAGGCUGAUUGUUUUGAGGCAUGCUGUCCUGCAGUAACACAGCACAGACACCAUUGCGCCAUGAAUAUCAUUGUCACCUGAUGCUGCCUUUCUUCUGAGGCAGCUCAUUUCUUCUGUAUGUUCAAAAUCAACCUAAAGGUGGACAUUUCGUGCACUUAAUUUUUAAGAAUUGGACAACUGAAGCAAUUUAUAUUUGCCCGUGAAAGUAAUAAAUAACUUUGAAACCCUUGGUUAACUACCUGGCA